AUUCCAGACUCGUUAAAAUAUUGUCACUGAACGGCAGACAGUGUGCUUCUACGUGAUCGCUUCGCAAAGGAACAACAUGAAUUUCUUUCGUGUCUCGGUGUUGCUAACUUUUAUCGUGAUGGUAUUUCACGCCGACAGACACAUAUCAGCCGCUAGCCCUGUUGGUGCUUUUUCGUUUAUUCACGAUCUAGUUCAGUCUAACAUAGCAGGAGUGCCGCUCAUCCACGAGCAAACGCAAUGGGAUUUCGAUCCAGAAAUCGGUAAACGGAGAAAAAUCAGAUACGAAGAAGAAAAUGGUCGUCAUGGCGAACUCGCAAUAGCGAAGAUUGGCAUGGGUAUCGGAUACGGAGGACUUUGGGGAACGUCUGCGUAAAGACAAAUCCUAUUAAUCGAUCGACAAUUAAUAAUCUGUAAAAAGAUACAUUAAAUAUCAUUCGUUUCGAAAACUGUACAUAUUA